UAGCUAUAACUUCCAAUGGCUUCAACACAAGGGCUGCAAGCCUAUGAAGAAGAGAAGCUCCUUCUGUCCCUUCCCAAAGAGAAGGGUUGGGCAGCACGCCAUCUCUAUCUCUUCCAAGAUUUUUGGUGUCCAUCAAAUUUUAUUGAAGGUGUAAACAAUUUUCAAAAGCACUUUCAGUCAAGAGACAGUGAUGUUAUUGUUUCCAGCUUUCCAAAAUCAGGUACUACUUGGUUGAAAGCCCUUACUUUUUCUAUUGUCAACAGAAAACGUUUCUCAUCUUCUGAUAAUCAUCCAUUACUCACUUCCAAUUCUCAUGANCUUGUUCCUUNCCUUGACUUCAUCUUUCAUUGUGAUAACAUCCAANACAAGCUUUCUUACCUCUCCAAUAUGNCUGAACCAAGANUUUUUGGUACUCACAUUCCAUUCNCNUCCCUUUCCAAGUCAAUUNAAGAGUCCAANUGUAAGAUAGUUUAUAUNUGCAGAAAUCCAUUUGACACUUUUGUUUCAUNUUGGAUCUUCGCCAAUAAAAUUAAUCCAGACUCUCUGCAUAAACUGACAAUGGAAGAAGCUCUAGAAAACUACUGCAAGGGAAUAAUAGGGUUUGGUCCGACUUGGGAACAUAUGUUAGGUUACUGGAAAGAGAGCAUAGCAACACCAAACAAGGUUCUGUUCUUGAAGUAUGAAGACCUCAAAGAAGAUAUCAGUUUUUACGUUAAAAGAGUUGCGGAAUUCUUGGACUGUCCUUUCACAGAAGAAGAGGAAAGUAACGGAGUGAUUGAAAGCAUAAGCAACUUAUGCAGUUUCGAGAAAAUGAAGAGUCUAGAAGUGAAUAAAUCUGGAACAUUUGACAGGAACUUUGAGAAACAAUACUUAUUUCGGAAGGGUGAAAUAGGAGAUUGGGUAAACUACUUUUCCCCAGCUAUGAGAGACAAAUUAUCCCAAACCAUGGAAGAAAAAUUAGCUGGAUCUGGUCUUUCCUUUAAAACGUGUUCUUAA